UACAGAAGCAGUUGCUUUAGCUUUUCACCGGCCAGAAAACUUUACGUGAGUGAAUACGUGUUUCGAAGCGAAGUAUGCAAUAGCAGCCAAGUCUAUCAAGUCAGCAUCAGUUCACGAGUUAUGUGACUGUCAAAAGUUGAAACCGUCAUAGCGCUAUUUACUCAAUUUGUGUAAUUCAUCGAGUCUCUUUAGUCUGAUUUGGUUUUAUCUGACCCCCAAGGAACCCCAGAGAUCUAACAAUAUUUCGAAUUCCAGGCUAAGCUCACGGGUCCGCGGUCGCAGCCAGGACAGGUGUUACAUGUCUCUGAUUCCACAGGAAACCCGAACGGACCUACCGAUGUGAAAAGCGAGAAAAGCUAUAAAAGAUUAAAAGUUGCAAAAGCAUUAAAGGCAGAAGAGCAGAAACGCUGGAAAGGUGCGUCGUGUAAUGUACUUUUUAGAACAUGUUUUUCGGAUAUUCUGAAAUUGGAUAUCCGCCCAGCCCUCGGUUUUGUGGGAUGUCACCACAGCAGUGAGCAAAACAGAGCUAUUCGGAGCUGGAAGAUUUCUCAGUAAUGAAACGUUGUGGAGGGCUUGCGACAGUGUUAAGCUGAUGAAAACAGAUGUGGCUGGAGGCUAAUAGAGCCGAGCUUUCGAUAUUUUACUGUUGAAAGCAGUGGUCAGCGUCAACAGUCCGAAAUUCAAAUACAUCUCAUCAGCUUGCACAUAGAUGUUUUUCUAACCACAAAUCUAGAUCGAGCAUCAAAAAUCGGACUCUAUUGGCUUCUAUGUGUCAGCUUCUUGGAAAGAAAAAACGGAAAAGCGUUUUAUUAGUCUCAAUAAACCCUUUUUGAUAGUUUAUUAAUCUACGACUAUUUUUUAGAGUGUAUGUGAUGCACGUUUCAAGGCUUCCAGCAAAAGUCUCAUAAAUCUUGAUCAGAGCAUCAUUCAGAGCUGGGAGAUAUCUCGUUUUGAUCAGAAAUGUUUACUGUAUUUCAUGGACAUGUAUGUUUACUUUUGUUAAAUACGCGUGUAAUGUUCUGUGGGUUGAAGAGGAUAUGUUAGCUUAGGACUAAGUUGUGAAAUUUUUUGUGGUUUGGCAGAAAGUGAUAACCUGUAGGGCUCUGGUGUAGUGAUUUCGUCUGUUUUUACUAGUUACUGAACUCACAAUUCUUUAACCUGCUCCAGCAUUCCCAACCUUGUUCACGAGUUCGGCUCUUCCUUGUUAUGAAUUUUUAGGUUUUUUUCGGCUCUUGACCUAGGUAGAAGUAGUGUCUACUAUUAUUAGGUAGAGAUUGUCAUGGGCCGCUUGAUCCGGUAUCAGAAACUCUCCCUAAAAUGAGGGGGUCUUCUACCUAUCUUCCGUGUGAUCUACACGGCUGUGACAAACUAUUUCAAUCGAUAUGUUUAUUAAAACUAAUAUGGAAAAAAAACGAGUAUAUGAAAACACGCGCUCGACGCACACUGUAACGACUAAAACUGACAAUAACAACUACUGCAAAAAUGAAGAAAAAUAGUCACAUAUAUACCAUGACAGAACUGUCUCGAACAUCAUAAAAGAAAAAUAGUAAAAUUGACGUAAACUAAAUGAUCUGCAGACGAAUAUAGUCAGGAAUGAUAAUAAUAGAAAUAAAGAAAUGGACGAUGAUAUCAAUACAUAUAACAAAGAAAAGAAAUAAAUAUGUGCGUAACAAAAAAAAAGUAGAAAAGGACUAUGACCUGUCAAGGGACAUCACAGAGACAGAUCAUAAGAAUGAAAAAGGCUAUAUUUUCAUGAUCGCUGAAUCUGAGCGGACCUUUAAAGCAACUUCCACUAAAACAUACCAACUGACCUGGGAGUCACUGCAACAGUGUGGCGUUGAACACAGCCUUAGAUAGAGAGAGACUCUUCUAACUAAGUUUUCUUCUUAUUCAGAUAGAUGAAACAUCAAAAAUGCGCAUUGAGUAUACAUUAAAAUUUGGUGCACAUAAUAAAAUGCGUUCUAUUGAUUCAAGUUUAACCUUCGCACAAACAAUUGAAAAUUUUCAUAAACUAUCACGAUGUAAAAGUCCUAACUCAUAUAUAAUACAAUAUUACCACGAUACAAUACAGGAUUGGAUCGAUUGGGAAUCUGAAUCAUGGGAUGUAUUCAGAAAUUUAGCUGCAUUAUCGUCAUCUUCUCAAACACCAGUCAUUCUAAAACUUCAAUAUCUGUUAAAAAGUUAUACACAACCAAUUACAAAUUCUGAUAGAGAUUUUCAAACAGAUGAUGAAGACACAGAAUACGAAGAACAACGUUUCCACCCAUAUUCCGACAAUAAUUUUACUUCUCAAUCAUUCUUUUCAUCUGACUCAAACGAUUGCCAAACCCUAGUUUUACAAGUAACCUUUAGAGUUUCAGGUGUUGAUCCAUACUGUUCGAUUAGACUUGAUGCGACCGAUCUAGUGUGUGAAAGUCUACCAGUCAGUAAUGUUGACCAGAAUCCCUCAGAGGAAUCUGUCGAUUCUACAUUGUUUAACAGGAAAUGUAAUUCGGUAUCUGAAACACACGAUAGUUUUUCAAGUGACGGUUCUCAUGCUAGAACAAGUACAACAGGUGCAACAACAACAAAAGCAGCAGCAACAGAAACAAUAUUGAUAUUAAUAAACAAUCAUUUUGAAAUUGUUUUUCUUUUGCCAGAUGAUAUACAUAUAUCAACAAAUACCACACCAUUCAAUCUACCAAAUGAAACAUAUAGUGAACCGUUAAAAUGUAUUUCAUCGUUGACAACGAAAAAACAGAAAAAGAUUAUUUUUAUUAUAUUCGAUACAUUUGAUGUUAAAAACUUAUUACCACUGAUUCAUAAUCUUAAACAAAUUAUUGCAAUUUAUUUAUUUCAGUCCAAAAGUGACGAUAAUGAUGAUGAACAGUGGUAUAGAAAUUAUCCAAAAGUAUCUGACAUAGUCAGAAAUCCAACUGAGCUUUCAACAUCAGAAAAUAAUGAACAUGAAGAAGCUAUUAAUCGAUUUCAAGAUGAAUAUACAUCGUCUCAAGCAAUACAAUGGUAUAUACAGGAAAACUCCACGUUUAUUCAUUCUUCAGUAGCUCUUGCAUUCCGAUCAAAUAACAUCACCAUUAUUUACCCGUAUCGAUACAUUAUUGCUGAUAUUUAUAAACAAAUUCACGAUUCAUCUGUUCAUACUAAUAAUCGAUAUAAUUUAUAUAAAGGACAACAAAUACAAAUUGAAGAAUUAGAACAUUUAAAAAGUAAUAUUGGUAAACUAUUAUGUACAACCACAUUUAUGUCCGUUACAAGUUCAAGUAAUAGUGCACGUACAAAUAUUAAGAAUAAUGAUGAUAAUAAUUCAGCUAAUGAAUCUAUUUUAUUUGAAAUUCUAAUUGACAUCUAUGAUCAUCAUAAACCAUUCGCUAGUAUUACUAAUUAUCUUUCAUCUCGCAACGAUAAUGAAACUAAAUAUUUAUUUCAAAUUGGUACAAUAUUUCGAUUAGAAUCGAUUGAACAAUUAUCAAGUCAAAUAUGGUAUAUUAAAUUACAAUUAACUGAUAAAGAAAUAAAUGAUUCAAAAGUACUAUUAGAUUUAUUUAAAAAUGAUUUUGGCGAUAAACUAACACUUUGGACAUGUGGUAUGUUUUGGGCAAAAGUGAAUAAAUGUGAAAAAGCAUUGGGCUAUUAUAAUAAACUAUUAGAAACAUCAUCAUUAACAAAUAAUCAAAAAAUAACUGUUUUUAAUAAUCUAGCAUUAAUUUAUGAGCAACAAAAAAAAUUUGAUAUGUCUAAUGACUAUUUUACAAGAGCAUUAGAAUUAAUUCAAUCUUCAACACCAUCACCUGAAUUCAAUACAACAACGAAAACAAAUAAUGUUAUAUUAAAACAAGCAAUUGAAAAUAACUCAACUUUUUCCACUAUUUGUUAUAAUUUAGGUUGUUCAAUAUAUGAACAAGUCGAACAUGAUAAACAGCAGAAAAAUGAAGAACAAAAUAGUUUGGAUGAAAAAAAUAGAUAUAGAAAUGCAUUAGAAAAAUUUCAACAAGCACUUAAAUUUAUUCAAUCUAGUAAUCAAAAUGUUACCAAAAAACUUACGACAGAUCAACAUAUUACCACAUUGCUUGAAAAUUAUAAGUGUGAUCAAGACUUUGGUGUUAUUUGGCUUAAUACAUCUUUUAAAAUAGAUGAUGAAUUUUGUUUAAAAUUGAAACGCAUUUUUACAAAUUUAACCAUAUUUGAUGAACCAUGUGAUGCUAUAAAUUAUUUUACUCAGAAUUCUAAGAAAUUAUCAUAUUUCGUAUGUAUUGUUUCACAUUUCAAUGGGCAACAUUUCAUACCAUUAAUUCAUGAUAAAUCUGUUAUUCGUCAUAUAUACAUUUAUUGUCGAAAUUCACAAGAACAACAACAAUGGAUUGACAAAAAUUCUGAAAACAUAAAAUAUCAAAUUUUUAUAAAUCAAAAUUUACUUAUUAAAGAAUUAAAACAAUUUACAUUUGAUGCAAAUACGAAGCAAAACGAAGGAUCAUUAUCAUCAGUAUCAUCAAUAUCAUUUACAUAUUUUAAACAAGGUGAAAUAUCAAGUCCAAUAAGAAAUUUAGAUAAAGAAACUAUUGAAUUUAUUCAAUUUCAGUUGCUUAUUGAAAUAAUACUACGGUUAUCAUUGAAUGAAAAAGCAAAAAGUGAUAUGAUUAAAGCAUGUCGUAAUUAUUAUAGUAAUAAUGAAAUGCAAAAGAAAUAUAUUUCAGUAUUUGAAUCAAACUAUGAAACAAAAACACCUCUUGAAUGGUACACAGAUCCACAAAUGAAAUUUUGUCAUAAAUUAACAAAUAAAGCACUAGGUACACAAGAUGUUGAUUGUUUAUUUCCAUUUCGUUUUCUCAUUCAAGAAUUACAUAAACAAUUAGACGAACUACAUAAAAAACCUACACAAUCAAUAUCUUCACCUUUGCAUCGAGGCAAACUAUUGACAGCAAACACAUUUCAAAUUUUAAAGGAGAGUAUGGAAGGACAAGGGAUUAUAUCUAUGAAUGGAUUUGUUUCAGCAAGUGUUAAUCCAAAUGUUGCUAAUAUGUAUAACCAUAAAGAUGGUAGUGCAUUAACAAAUUCAAAUUAUGAACGUGUUUUAUUUUUAUUAAAUGUAGCUAAUGACAAGAAUCAAACAACCAAACCAUACGCUUGCCUCAGUACUGUAACGAAAAUACCAGAUGAAGAUGAAGUUUUAUUUUCAACUGGUACGCUAUGGUUGGUUAAAUCUAUUAAAGAAGCUGAAAAGCGUGACAUGUGGCUUGUAGAAUUAGAUUUAAUUAAUGAAGAGAAUAAUGAAUGUUGUAUACGUAUAAAACAAUAUUUGAAGGAAAAAUUUGAAGACAGAACAACAAUACUGACAUUAGGAAAUUUUUUAAGUGAAAUCGAUGAAUAUGAAAAAGCCGACAGAUAUUAUCAUGUACUAUUGGAAGAACUUCCGCACAAUCAUGAAGACAGAAGCGCAAUAUAUGCGAAUAUUGGCUUACUUCAUCAUAAAAAGAAAAACUUUAAAGUAGCUGAAGAGUAUUAUGGUUUUGCAUAUGAACAUUUUAUUAGAUGGAAUUCUACAAAUGUGGAAAAACUAACACAUAAACCUAACCAAGAUGAAAUUAUGCAAGAUUGUACAGAAAAACUACGUUCAGCAUACUCGUCUACUCCUUCUAUUACGUCCAUGACUAUUCCUCAAACAGCAAUGAAAACGACAUUCUGUUGUCAUAAUGAGAUUAAUUUUAUAUCAACAUCAUUAGUAGCAAAUCAUUCGUCAAUCGGUAAACUUUACAAUAAUUUAGGUUUGCUUCAUUAUAGUCAAAAUUAUUUCGAGAACGCCUUUGAAUAUCUUAAACAAGCUUCAUAUUAUUUAAAUGAAACGUCAGAUGCACCAGAUUUAUCUGCAGUCUACAAUAAUAUGGGUAUCAUAAGUUAUAAGCUAGAAAAAUAUCAUGAUGCUUUAAAAUAUUUUGAUAAAGCCAUUACAACAGGUCUUAUGUUAUUGUCACAUGAUCAUCGAAGAAUUAAAGAUUAUGUUCAUAAUAAAGCUGAGCUUUCACAAGUGUCUAAUGGGAAAGAUCCAAAACGACAAAAACUUAAAAAUGAGGAUGAUCGUCUUAAAUAA